AUGCAAAUCUUCGUCAAAACCCUAACCGGCAAAACAAUCACCCUCGAGGUCGAGGCCUCCGACGCCGUCGACACCGUGAAGGCGAAGAUUCAGGACAAGGAGGGCAUCCCCUCCGACCAGCAGCGCCUCAUCUUCGCCGGUAAACAGCUCGAGGACGGCCGAACCCUAGCCGACUACAACAUCCAGAAGGAGUCCACCCUGCACCUCGUCCUCCGCCUCCGCGGCGGCUCCGGCGGGACCAGCUGGCGGAUCCCCUUCGUCGCCAACCACCUGGUGAAGAAGAUCCAGCAGCUGAACCAGAGCUCGAAGAAGGAGCUGAUCAAGACGUGGUCGAGAGGGUCCACCAUCGUUCCGGAUAUGGUGGGACACCGGAUCGCGGUCCACGACGGCCGGAAGCACGUCCCUUUCCGCAUUUCGGAGAAUAUGGUCGGCCACAAGCUAGGGGAGCUGAAGCCCAAGCGCUCGCACAGGAAGGAGGUCCACGCGCGCGGCAAGGCCGCGAAGAGCACUAAGAGUAUUAAGAGCCCGAAGAAGAAGUAA